AUAGGCGGACAGUCUAGCUGAGCCAUGGCCGCAGAGGCGAAAACCCUCGGGACCCAGGAAAUGCAGCUGCUGGAUAUCAGCUCCAGCUCUCCCCAAACAGAGUCCAAAGGUUCGGAGGAAACGGAGUAUGAGGACGGGACCGUCCAGUUGGAGAAGCCGCCGUACUCAUACGUGGCUCUGAUCGCGAUGGCAAUCAAAGAGAGCCAGGAUAAGAGAAGGACUUUGAGCGGGAUUUAUGAAUACAUCAUAUCAAAGUUCCCAUACUACGAGAAGAACAAGAAAGGAUGGCAGAACAGCAUUCGGCACAAUUUGUCUCUUAAUGAGUGCUUCAUCAAGGUCCCGAGGGACAGCGGGGCGGACAGGAAGGGCAACUACUGGAUGCUGGACCCGGCUUUUGAAGACAUGUUCGAGAAAGGGAACUACCGGCGCCGGAGGAGGGUGCGGAGACCCUAUAGACCCGCCAGCCUGCCUUUUCUGACGGGAAACCCUGUGGAGUAUCCAGAGUCUCUGUACCUUCAGCCGUAUGUGAGCGGCACCUGGGCGAGUGGGUACCCUGCGCCCCAGGUCGUCUCCGGAUCCACCCGCGGUCUGUCCAUCGGCGGUUCCUACUGCCCGCCGCCACACUUCCAUCCCUCCGUUUACGGGGCCUACCACCCGCCCGUGCUGGUUCCACACAACGGGUACCCUUACGGAGGAGUGGCCCAGCCGGUGAGUCCGGACGGUGGCACCAUGUCUGUGCCUUGCCCGCAGUUCACUUCCUACUCUCGGCAAGCGGAGUCGCCGCUGGUUUAUUUCUCGGAGCAGUGAGGACUGCAUGUUUUCUGACGGGUGGCCGCCUGUUCACAGACUCACGGUUCAUUUGCGUCACUAUUUCAGGUCAGCUGGCCGACGUUCAUCAAGUUCUUUAAGUUCUCUAUUUAAUGGAUGAAUUAAUGAAAUCACACGUUAAAAUGUUAGCUCUUACACAUUUGUAACAUUUCUUUCUUUUUGGGGCGCAACGGCUGUGGUUUCAAAAAGACAGUAACCGAUUUGAUUGAAGUUGUGCAAAAUUAAAUAGAUUAAGCUCCCAGAACGACAUGAAAUAAUUACACAGAUAUUCUUUUCCCAGUUGUGUAGGGAAAAUGUUGUCAACCUACAUAUUUUACUUUUAUUUUUCUAUUUAGAAAACUCUGAAAUAGGCUGUUUAUGUACGUUAUUUACUGAUUUUUUUUAUUGUUCUAAUUCUUUGAGCUGCUACAUUAUUGAUGCACUGACUCGUUUAUAUUGUUUGUUUGUGAGUGUUUCAG